AUAAAAAGAUCCCUAGGGUUUUACAGCACCAUGAGAUCAUCACGGCGGCUGCAGAAUAAGCGACCGAAGACCUCAAUCAAUGACGACGACGGCAGCGAGCCGAUCCCAAUGGAUCUCCUUAUCGAGAUAUUCCUCAAGUUGCCGGUGAAAUCUAUAACGACAUGUCGUCACGUAUGCAAGUACUGGGCCUACGUACUUGGCCAUCCGGAUUUCACAGAGUUGUUCUUGACCAAAUCUUUUGCUCGUCCGCAGAUCUUGUUAGCGUGCAGAGGAAAGAACGACAAGGAUGGGUUCGUCUUCUUCUUCCCAAAUCAGCCUCAAAACCCUGAUCGCAACUCGUCUCCUAUAAAAGCUUAUCCUCUUACACAUGUCCCCGGAGCAUGUGACGUCAGUCGUCCUGUCCACGGCAUGGUCUUGCUUAGAGGCAAGGGAGUCUUAAAGGGAAGUAAAACACGAGUGGAUGUGUCCGUUAUAUAUAACCCUAGCACAGGAGAUUUUCUAACGUUACCUAAGACCAAGACGACAAAGAAGACAAGGAAUAUGUCUUUUAUGUGGCAGAGCUAUUUAGGGUAUGAUCCGAUUACGAAACAAUACAAGGUCUUGUCCAUGGCAUAUAAGAAACGUGUUUAUACAUAUGAGCAGAAACUUGAGGAAUGUGUGGAGUCUCAAGUUCUAACACUAGGAACCGGAAAGCUAUCAUGGCAUGUUGUCGAAUGUUGCAUAACCCAAUUUCCCCCAAAAGCUCAUAGUGAGAUAUGCAUCAAUGGUGUUUUGUUUUAUCGAGCUGAGGUUAAAGACUCUUCCGGGGUUACCAUGAGAGUUGUUUCUUUCGAUUUUAGGUCUGAGGAAUUCAAUGUUAUGAAGUUCACGGAAAGUUUUACUCUGGCUGAUUCAACAGCCUUGGUCAACUAUAAUGGGAAAUUAGGUGUGUUGAUAACAGACGACUAUGGGCCGCAUGGGCGUUUUUUUACGAAUAGAAGUACAAAUUUUGAGUUGUGGGUUCUUAAAGACGUCGUGAAACAUGAAUGGUCGAAGCAUAUAUAUGUACUGCCUCCUUUGUGGAAGGAUGCAGUUAAUGGUGAGUACUUAUGUUUUGCUGGAAUUAUAGGUACAGACGAAAUUGUGUUGUUGUCUCCCAGUAUGCCUUACGUUGUCUACUACAAUAUCAAGAGAAAGACGAUCAUAAAAGUUAAAAUCCAAGGAAUUGUAACAGAGUUUCACAUCUUUCUAAACCACAUAGAGAACGUGAAGCUUAUUCGAGCAUAGCUAGUUCCGCUCAUUGACUCUUCUUAAGUUUUCAUCAUAAUUAAGGACUUGGAUUUAACUUAGUCAUCGCGCCAUUGUGUUUUUUGCACGAUGGAUUGUUUUUGUUUGGUUUUAUGUGUCCGAAAAUAUAAUAUAUAUCCCUUGAAGGUUUUCUAA